AUGCCGCAGCCUGUCGUCGUCGCCAUCGCCGCCCCCGACGAGCACGCGCCGCUGCAGCUGAACCUGAUCCCGCGCCUUGCGCGCAAGCAGUCGCAGCGCGAGAUGCCCGCGGCCAUCAAGGCGCCGCCGCUCACGCCCGUGCGCGUGGAGCCGCUGCGCUGGUCGACGGCGUCCUCCUCGCUCUCCUUCCUGAGCAACAUCGACCGCCUCGAGAUCAACGAGACCGUGGAGCGCAACGGCGUGACCUACUACGCGCUGGAGGUGUUCCAGUUCCACUACAACUCGCGCCUGCCCACGAAUGUCAACAACCCGCGCAUGGCGGUCACGCGCCUGUCCGACGCCAGCGAGACGCGCGAGCCCGACUUCCGCGUGGAGCGCCGUUACUCCGACUUCGCCAAGCUGCGCCAGCAGAUCAAGCUCUGGACGUGCCCCAACUCGCAGUUCACGUGCCAGUACUGCUACGAGUACGGCCGCUACAUGCGCUUCAAGCUGCGCCAGCCCCGCCUGCUCGUGUCGCUCACGGCCAAGAACGUCGAGAAGCGCAAGGAGAUCCUGCAGGAGUUCAUGACGGACUUCGUCGACCUCGCGCAGAACCCCUCCAAGAACACGGUGCACCGCUGCGAGGCCCACCAGCACGUGCCGGCCUUGCUCGAGUCGUUCCUCCGGGAUUGA